UACUCGGCCACAUGGGGCAUCCUUUCUAACUGACUCUCGCCUGUAUUGCCAGCGCAACUAUAGAUGAAAGCCCCCAAUGCAAAUGCCUGCACACACACAGUGAGUGCUCCAAUAAGACAAUGACCCAAAUGCAGUGGGGGAUGGGGGUCAUGAUCCAGCGCUGGAGAAGUACAUCUCCCAAUUUAAAUCACUGAAGUGCGCAGUUCACUUGCCAAAACCCUCGGCACAAACAAGAGCAGAAAACAGCUGGAGGGCAGCAGGAAACAGUGGGAUUUUACAUCUAAGCCAGUUUAGACUGUAUUUCUGUUCAUUUGUGCAGCGCUAGUAUUUCGAGCUGAUUUAAAAUGAUCCAGGGUGAGGGAGAAAUCCCAUGCAAGUACAAAAAAAUAGCACAUACUGUAGUAUUUAGAUCAUAUUUGUGUCUUUAACCCGUCACGACAAAAACAAACUGAUUCCGGCGCUUCCCUUUCGGACGCCACGCGUCUCCCAGCGCUGCGGUGUUUUCCGGGACGGCUGAUUCCGCUCUGCUCGGUAAGUUGUUCGGGCAUCGCGCUCGGUCCUGGGCGAGGAUGUGCUCCUAACUGCUGGUGAGCACCAAGUCUACGAGGGGUCUGAGUGACGACACUGGCUGAGAAACACGCCGUCCUGGCCCAGUUUCAGUGGCCCGCGUUCGCCGUGGCUUCGUGCAGACGGCGAAGUUUGACGCAGUGAGUUCAGUUCUGUCUCAGGACGCCGGGACACUGCAGCUGGAGCGGCGGCCCAUAUCCGGAACCCAGGACAGGUAUGGCUGGGAUGUGUUAGCUCUCGCUGGCUAAUCGACCUUUAAUUACGACACGGAUUCGUCUUUUUUCCCGGACCCUCUGGACUCCAUUCAGCCUUAUUGUUCACUCUUGCUGUCCCGCUUUGCUCAUGCCGGCCCUCGAAUGAAGUGAGCUCUGAUGGACCGGAUGAAAAUUAUUAAGAGACGUUUGUCUAUGAGCCUGCGCAGUGCUCGACCAGUGGACGAGAACCUGUCCGAGCUCACAGAGCAUGCAGCGCCAGACGAGGCCCCAGCAUCACAGGAGAAUGAGCCCAUGGUUUGCCCCGUGCCCCCUCCUGCAUCACACAGUGCCCCUUCUUUCUUGAGACAGUAUGCAGGGGGUUUGGGCCGCGGCGCGAUCCGUAGAGAUGGCCUGGACCGACCUUACCUCUCCCUUCACCGGACUGGUUCUCUCGGCAUAGUACAUGAGAAUGUGAAGAUGGGAUCAGACGGAGAGAGUGAUCAGGCUUCAGGAACCUCGUCCGAUGAGGUUCAGAGUCCUGUCCGAGUCCGCAUGCGUAACAACCAUCCUCGGCGUAUCUCCAAUGAGGACAUUAAUAAACGCCUAUCACUGCCAGUGGAUAUUCGCUUGCCAGAAGGAUACCUGGAGAAGUUUGCUAUGAACAGUCCUCCCUUCGACAAACCCUUGAGUCGGAGGUUACGGCGUGCUUCUCUGUCUGAAAUUGGCUUUGGGAAACUGGAGACAUACAUCAAACUGGACAAACUGGGAGAGGGCACGUAUGCGACUGUGUUUAAGGGGCGUAGUAAACUGACCGAUAGCCUGGUGGCCCUGAAGGAGAUCAGGCUGGAGCAUGAAGAGGGUGCACCCUGUACUGCCAUUCGAGAAGUGUCCCUCCUGAAGGAUUUAAAACAUGCCAACAUUGUCACUCUUCACGACAUCAUCCACACAGACAAGUGCCUCACACUGGUCUUUGAAUACUUGGAGAGGGAUUUAAAGCAGUACAUGGAUGACUGUGGGAACAUCAUGAGUGUCCACAAUGUAAAGAUCUUCCUGUUCCAGCUGUUGCGAGGACUAGCAUAUUGCCAUCGCCGUAAAGUUCUACAUAGAGACUUGAAACCACAGAACCUCCUCAUUAACGACAAGGGAGAGCUGAAACUAGCUGACUUUGGUCUGGCUCGAGCGAAGUCUGUUCCCACUAAGACUUACUCUAAUGAGGUGGUCACGCUCUGGUACAGACCACCUGAUGUGCUUCUAGGAUCAACAGAGUACACUACUUCUAUUGACAUGUGGGGAGUCGGUUGUAUAUUCUAUGAGAUGAUAACAGGACGGCCUCUUUUUCCUGGAUCUACAGUGGAGGAUGAACUUCAUCUAAUAUUUCGCAUUCUGGGCACUCCCUCUGAGGAGUCCUGGCCAGGGGUCAGCACCAGUGAAGAGUUUAAGACGUAUAACUUCCCCCGAUAUCGUGCCGAACCUCUUGUCAAUCACGCACCCAGGAUAGACAGUGAUGGUCAUGACUUAAUUAAUCAGUUAUUACAGUUUGAGGCGAAGCGGCGUGUCUCUGCAGAAGAUGCUCUCAGACACCCCUACUUCAGGAGUCUGGGAGAGCAAGUGCAGCGACUGUCUGACACUGCCUCCAUCUUCUCUGUGAAGGAGAUCCAACUUCAGAAGGACCCAGGAAAGCGUUCUAUAGCAUACUCAGAGUCAGCGAUGCCCCAUAAGAUGGGUCCCACGCAUUUGGAAUAUUUCCAGAGAGAAGGAGCAAAACCCACGUUGCAUCCUGCCCCCUCUUCCCCCUCUACUGGCUGACUCAUUAUACCACUCUGCCCAGGGGAAGUCCCGCCGACAGAGUGUUUUGUUUUAAGAAGGAGGCUAAUGGCAACGCACGUAAGGCACAAACGGAAGACUUUCACCCCAUCAAAAGCAAAAGAACCUAAGAAUACAACAAAGGAAAGAGAACCUGAAGCUUUGCACCAUGAGAAGGAAGGAGAAAGUAAUGUUUGCUAAGACUUUCACUAAGAGGAAAUCUUCACUACAGUCCACAAUCAUGAAAAAGGAUUAGAUCUUCAAAAUGCGUGGAAUAACACUUACAACACAAGUACAGAUCACGAGGGAACAUGAGGAGUAUCUACGGCUGCUCACAGAGAUGCAUAGGUUUUAUUAUUCUCUUCAUGGAGACUUCUGAUGUAGUGCAGGAAGAGGAGACUCUGGACUGGCCAGACAUGUGGUCUGUCCAGGCCCAGUUCAACCUGAUGAAAUCUUAGGAGAUUUUAAUUACAGAAAGGGCAUCUUUGUUGUUUGUUUGCUUGUUUGUUUUUAGAUGUUCAGACAAGAGGCUAAGCUGUUUUUUUUUUCUUUUUCUUUUUUUUAUUAUCACAUCACAAGCCAGGCUCUAACCUGCACACUCUCAAACCUCUUAUUCUCACUCUGCAAGCCUCAUGUAUACGUUGCUGUGUACCUCAUUCCAGUCCAUACAUCCAACAUUCCUCUCCCAGGAUUGGCCGUGUUUGCGGGCAUACAGGUGUGCUGGAAAUGAUGGUUGGGAGUUUGUUGUAUGUAUAUCUGUGUUAUAUUGCCUUUUGAUAUUUGCAGUAACCCUCUAAAAAAACCCCUGACCCACCUGUCUCACCUGUUGGUAUGAACUAACUUUGGCACCUUAUGAAAGUUAAGCUCAGGCUGUAUUCUGUAAAUAUAACUAGUGGUUCACUUUGGAGGACUGCAACCCAGAAGAAGACAUAGACAUUACACUGAAUUUCAGAGGAAAGAACGUCUUUUGUUGUGUGCACUAUAUAAUCAUGAACACUGUAGGCUGUACUAAACAGGAGAACAUGGACUAAUCUAGCAUGCGUUUUGAAAGAACAAAGGUAUUACACUGCUAAGUGUCAGGACAGGCAUGGGUGUUACAAGACUGAAGAGUAUUAUUAUGCUACUGGUAAGAGCUCACUAGACGGUGAGAGGGUGACAAUGUUGGAGCGACGUAAGCUAUAGAAUCACCCUCUCAACCAAUCCAAACAUCAGCUGUUGAUGUCUGAUUGAUUUGUGAAUCUUCUUAUUACUUCUCAUCCUCUCUCCAUCACUGUUGAGGGAAAACAGAUUCUGUACUGUGAUUUAUGUGCAGUGGCGUAGCGCUGCAUGAUCAAAUAGCAUAGCCAAGGAUUCUGGAUGCUGUAGUCUGACGAAGUGAAAAUCACGAAUUGGACUCCUUCGUAAUUCAAAGCCAUAGAACAGGCACACAUACUGCACGUCUACAAGCUAAUAGAUAUCCUCUCACAACACUGUGUUAGAUUUAUUCUUUCGCAAUACUUAUUAACUUAUUACAUUGCUAAUAAUGUUGUCAGGCAAUAGAAAAAAUACUAAAACAAGUAUACACUAAAUUACAGGCUUCCAAGACAAAAAAAACCGAUCACCUGCAUCAUUUCUCCUCUAAUGCUUGGUUAAGCAUCCUCUUGCCUUAAUCACAGCUCAAAAGGUGACCAGUAAGGAUGGGUUAAGAUUUUUGAGAAGAACUUCUUCCCAUGGUGACCACUUUAGUGUCUCUGUGGCUGGUUCAACAGACAUGGGACACUGUGAUUGACCAGCAAUAUCAUCAGACCUCAGUCCAAAGCUGAAACAGGCACAGCAAACACUAGAAAGGACAGAAAAUCCGUACCUACCGCUGUUAUUAAAGCAAGGGUGUUAGAACAGAAAUGAUGCUUGAGAAGUGGACUAUCGUUAUAAUUAGUGGUUUAUCACUUUCCAAUGUUUUGAGUUGGGUUGGAGCUGUGAGGCGAUUUACUGAUACUGCAGGUUACUUACAGUUAUGUAAUAUGUAAAACUCAAUAUGUGCAUGGUGACUGUACAGUUCUAAGUCCAAAUGAUCAAUGACGUGUUCAUUAUGCUCAAGCUCACAAUGCCAAAUUAUGAUUUUUUUCCCCUUUUCUUUUUUUAUGGAGUUUCACCCAAGUUGUUAUGUUUGAGUACUUUCCUCGUAACCUUGUAACCAUGUUAGAAGAUGACAUGGCAUUUUCUAAGUGUGGACAGGAAAAGUAAAUGAGAGCGUGAUAAGAUUGAAGGCUUAUUAUUUAUUUGCAGGUUUUCAAAUGGCUAGAGCCAUGUUGUGCUAAGGGAAGGAGGGAGAGUGUGGUCAAAGUGUGAAGGAGAAGGAAGGAAGGAAGGAGGUGUGUUUGUAUUUUCAGCAUGUUUAAGAUUUGGUAAUGUUUCUUUCAAUGUGUUUACAGCUGUCUGCAGUGUAUCUCGUUCCAUACAGAAUUAUUAGGCUGUAUAUUUUAGUCCUUCGCCCAUGAUGGUGGGUCAUAUUAUAAGCAACGGAUUUUUUAAAGUUGAAAAUUAUUAUUUUUAUUUUUUUUAUUAGGAACAAUAAGCUUCUGAAGACUAAGGUGAUUCGUUUAUGACCGUUUACCUUUACUUGAAUUAUUGAAAAUGUUAUGUUUACCACUCAAUGUAAUGAAACGUGUGUUUCAUUGCUCUACACACUACGUUUAUGACUGUAACUAUUGCAGAAAUCAGACAUUUGUAGGUACAUGCUCUGUUCUGUUGGUCUGAUUAUUUGUAUUUUAUUUUUGUAGAACAUUCACAGAUGUAGUAAGGUAGCCAGGAGGGCAGCACUUUAGACUAACUUGCUUCAGAUGCAAUGAAAUUCCAUUUUAAUGUUGAACAUUUAAACAGUUUUAGUAGUUCUUGCUUGCUUGUUCAUUUGUUUGUUUGUUGUACUGUUUUAAAAUCAUGUCUUCCUUUCAGAGCUGGACAUUCGGCUUAUUAACAAGAUCGAUUGUUUGAUUGAGGCUACUGGCUCUUAACUCUGAUGUCUGAUCUGCAGUAAUGUGUGGUGACCGCUACCAUGCCUGCUUAUGCUGAAGUCACAGUAACAACUAAAUUAGUCAUGUUUAGUCCCUUUUACAAGCAGGGAGCAGAAUUUUGAAUGUAAAUUUCACAAUCUGUUAAUUUAUCAGUUCACAAUAACAAAUUAGUUCUAUAAUGAAUUCUUUAUACAGUCCAUUCAAAAAACAAGUAGGUAUCCAAGACAGCUCCCUUAUAAAAUCUAAGACGAGGACCUUGAGCCGAAGGAAGAGGUAUAAGCGAAGGCUGAAGUGAAAUAAAAAAACAAGAACGGGGUUAUGAGUUUAUUGGACUAGGCUCAUUCCUUUUUAUAUUCCCUGUGGUCAGCCAUACUUACAAAAUUGUGGGUUUAUGAAAUAUUUGUCGCCCACACUGUAAUUUCCUUUGUGUAAAGGAUGGCAUUAAAUUUUGACACCUUUCGUCCGUACUGCCCAUGAGUACAAACUACUGAAGCAUAGGACAUUGUUAGUAUGGUUUUGUCUUCAUUAUGAUACUAAAAUGUCUAAUUCCUGACCUGUGGUUUUGUAGAUGGAGCUAAUGGAAACAUCUUGGAUAUAAUUACAUGAGAGAAACAGUCAUUUGAGCACUAGGAAUGCUGGAUACAUUAAGCUUCUCAGAUUUCCUAAGAGAUGUACCAUGAUCGUCAAGGUGCAUCCAUAAUAGUGGAAAACUCUCAGCCCCCUCGGUUCAACUACAUUCUUAAAAAUAAGACGGGGUUUGGUUUAAUGUUUAAAGAAACUCCACAUAAUGUGAAGCAUUAACUCCUAUAGCCAAAUGUCAUAAGCCAGUUUGAUUGGACCUCAAUCAAAAGGUUCAGCUUAACCUUACCAUUACAUUGAGGUUCUUCAAACUGGGAAGUAUUUUCAUCUCAUUUCCAAAAAUGGUUCUAAAAUUAGUUUUAUUUUUAAAGAGUGAACACUGAACUUACAAUUGCAAACGUCUUUACAACAUUAGCAUACAUGGUCAAUAUAUCAGAUGAAGUUAAAGCUAUCUAUCCCAAAGUGAGACUUGUUUCAAAACAUUAACCAAGGUCCUGCGAACGUCUACCAAUGCCUUCUGAUCACCUGUGAAGGACGACAUUUUAAGCAAAGAAAGAAUAGAUAAAUUAUGGAUUUAGCCACAGAUUAAAGGUGUAGUUGGUAAGAUUGGCACAACUCCUUCAUGAUCUAAGAACAUGCAGUGAGUGUCCAUUUAAGUUCUAGCUAGACUCACUUAGUAACAAGAACGAUGGUGAUUGAUGGUCAUGAUGGUGUAUUGAUAUUGUGAUAAAUCUACUACACCUUUAAGGAAGAACAUAUGCCUGACUUGUGUAGCCUAGCUGCUCAAACAUUGGAGUACACAUGCCAUGUCCAAUAAAGUACCUGUAAAAUAUA